AAAAAACGCCGCUACGCACAAACAUAACAUUUUUAAUACUCAAAUCUACAGGACCAAAUUGUUCCGAACAACAGAUUGUCUUAACCCCAUUCUCAUACUAUUUCUGAAAUUAAAUUAAGCUACAAACAAACAAGAUAUCCAAUUUCAUGACAGUUUGUACUAAUGGACAAGUUAUAUUAGAAGAAAAGUAUCAACGCUGCAGAUUCACUAAAUCAGAAAUCGUAAGCUAUGCUAAAUGGUUGGGAAUUAAUCUGAAACGAGAACCAGAAUUAUAUCCCUUAAUAUAUGAAGGAAUCAAAGCCCCGCUUCCGGUUGGUUGGAAACCUUGUAUGAAUACCAAUGGGGAUAUAUACUACUUCAAUUUUUUCACAGGUCAGUCUACGUGGGACCAUCCUUGUGAUGUUUAUUAUAAGAAUAUGGUAUUAGAAUGCAGAAAAAAUAAAAGCUGCACGAACGUAACUGAUAGAAAGCAAAAGUACUUAAAAAAACCUCUACAUAAAAAGUCAUGUGGUCCUUGUCAUGGCCUCAAGCUACUCCACAUAGAAACAUAUAAUAAGCCAAUCAGUAACCGGACACAGAAUAAUGGUACUUCGUGGAGUAAUACUACUCAUAAUCACAAUUUAAAGCUUUCGAAUGAAAACCCAGUCUUCAAAAACCUAAGUGGGACAGGAAAUGAGCCUUUAGUUUCCAAACCCAAGCCUUCUGAAAAUAACGAUGGUCAAUUUAGGAAAAGCACAGGUGUCCAGUAUGAAUCAGCAUGUGAACUGCAAGCAAUACGAAUCAAAGAGAAUACAGAAUUGGCACUGGUUAGUCAAGUUGAUGAAAACCUCCUGAAUUUUUCAUUAUUAAGUAAUUCUGAAGACUUAACUAACAGUAUAAGAUCCAAAACACGAAAUGUGACUAAAUCGUAUGGAUUUUCUGAAGCAUUGCAAAAUGAAACAAACUCAAACAACUGCUGUAAAAUAAAGAUCAAACAGAAUACGUCAACAGGUUACCCGGUAUACGGACGAUCGGAAGAAUCAAUGAAUAAUAAAAAUACCGGCAAUUGUGACAGCGAUAGUUCAGUCCAUAAGCAUCUUCAAACCAAAACAGGAUCAGAGUGUAUAACAAAAUUAUUAAAGAAAAUGGAACAAAAUCAUGAGGAAGUACUAGGAGCAAGUUACAAAUUAUGUUCAAUGCAAAACGAACUAGUUAACUGGUGUAAUGAAAUCGAAAAACGCCUAUAUGAUAUUGAUAGCAGAUAUAAGAUCACUUUUUGCAGGGAUAGAGCGUUAAUGGGAAAUAAUAAUCUACGCAUAUUUUUAGAACCGCCUGAAAAUAAUCAACAGGAUUACGUGAAUACUAGUCUAUAUAAUAAAGUUACAUUUAAUGGAUAUCCUUCAUACAAUUCUAAUUUGUCGGUUAAUACAAAAAAUAAACGACCACAUUCUAGCGAUGAUUAUCUAUUGAGUGAAAAACACACCUGUACAGACACAAAAACAAAUGCCAUAAGUACAAACUCUUUAGUAUUUAAAACAAACCAUGUUGAAAACUUGGUUCCCAUCAGUAAUUCUAUAUCACAAAACCUAGUGAAACACUUGUCAAUAGUCGACAUGUCCAAAUCAAGAUAUACUGUCACAAAUUGGAACAGGAUAUCUAGUGACUGGAAUACAGUUAGAACAAAACUAUACCAUGGGAAGUCUCUUUAUUCACCAAGAAACCUCCCGCAAGGCAUGAUAAGUCAACAGCUUGAAGAUUAUUCAAGAUGGUUAGAACAAGCUGAAGCAUACAUGAAAACUUUACAGUCCGUCUGAAUAUUAUUAAAAUAUUAACGUAAUUUCACUCGGAUUGUGUACAACGAUGUUAACUUUGCCACAAAAUCCCAAAAAAAGUAAUACAGACAAUAAGACCGGCAUUUUGAAUAUCAAGUGCUUCGAGAAAAUUACAGUUGAAUUCAGAUGUUUGGUUAAAUGUUUAAUAAACCCAUUGUAAAAUAUCUAGUUUGUUUUUAAACAUUCCCCCUAAAUUUCUUCGACACGCCAUUGCACAAAUCUACCCCUGGGUAGCCAGUGAUCUGCAGUAAUGACCAGAUAUUUAGUUUAUUCCCAAUAAGUGACCACACCGAGAUAUUGUAAAACAGUCGAUCUAACACGACCUGCCGAAUUGGAAAUAAGAAUGCGAUGCUAGUUCUUAUGCAUGUUGACAUUUAUUAACAAGGCAUAUGUGCAAUCCCAGAUGUAUUCACUGUUUCGUUGGAGACUUUCUUUAAGGGCGAUAUUUCAACUGUACGCCCAUGUAAUCUGAAAAUAAUUAGAAACCCUUCUUGACAUUAGACAACCAUUACAAAGUUCCGUGUGGUUUAAUAUACAGUCACACUUUUUAUUUUGGAGGUAGCUUAGAUGCAACUAAUUACAUUCACAAUAUCUAGGUUCUUGUUCGAUUAACAGGCACAACUAAAACGUACCUACUCCAUCCAUAAAACACUAAGCUUCAUAUGAUAAUUAGAAGUAUCUGAAUUACUAUACGAACUAGGAAUCCCAGAAAUAACGCAAUUUAGACCAAGAAGAACUAGGUGAGCACAAACGAACGCAUUGUAUUUGGAAUUCGAAAUCAGGUAGUUAUCAAGUACAAAGGAGUCAUUAGUCCAUACAAGCACUACACCUCAGCUUCGAGAGAGAAGUUCAGAAUGAUUAAACCUGAAAUAUACUUCAUUUACGAUCAAUUAAAA